AUGCACAUGAACGACUGCCUCGAGGCCACACACGCCCUGAUGUCCGCGCCGCGCGAGAGCCUCACCCGCACCACCUACAACGUCACCGCCAUCAGCUUCACGCCCGCCCAGCUGGCGGAGGCGAUCGAGAAGCAGCUGCCCGGGUUUGCGAUCUCAUACAGCCCCGACUUUAGGGAUGCCAUCGCCCGCACCUGGCCAGCCUCCAUCGACGACACCGCCGCGCGCCGCGACUGGGGCUGGCGCCACAAGCACGGCAUCGACGACCUGGUCACUCAGAUGCUGGAGGACCUGUCUGCCCAGUACCAGAAGAACGGCUCCGCGGCGCAGCAGCCGCUGCAGGCCGCGCCGCUGCAGGGGUCGACGGUCGCGGCGGCGGCGGCGGCGUGA